CAUUUCCGGCCGAAAAUCCGGCAAAGCUUGGGGAUUUUCUCCUUCUUCUCUUGUUCUUGAACCCAGAAAUUCUCCCCCUUGCUGGAAAUCCCGGAUCUGCCUUGCUCUUCCUCCUCUGUCCGUCGGCUGCUUUUGCUUGUGGGUGUGAGUCUCGGUUUUUCUUGGUAAAAAUCAGCCAUGAAUCUCCCUUUUAGCUUUGAUUUAAGUUGGGUUCCUUUAAUUUUGGGUUAAUCUCGUGAGUUCCUUGCAGAAAUUCUCCCUGCACUGCCGCCGGCCUCCACCCCAAACCCGCCAGCUCCAGCCUUGCUUGCUGAAAAUUUCUGGUAGGUUGGCUUCUUUAAUUCUUGAAAACUAGUUGAUUGAUUGCUGCCUAUGUUCUCCGAAUUUUGUUGGAAAAAUGGGAGGAAUUCCGGUAGCUUUAGGACCAUGAUUUAGCUUAAUUCAAGUGGGAUUUAUGUGAUUGAGUGUUAAUUGACUACUAUUAUAUUUUGUGUGAAAAAUCCCGUGAGAUUAGCUAUGGUUUUGCUAAUUUUUGGAAGUGGCAGUACUGUUCACGGCGUGAGCACUGUUCACGGCCGCGUGUUUCUGCUUCUGCUUCUCCUUCCUUCCUCUCCCGAUCCUCUGCACCCGACGAGCCCCCCCCCUUCGUCACCGCCACCCAUUUCCGGCCGGAAAUCCGGCAAAGCUUGGGGAUUUUCUCCUUCUUCUCUUGUUUUUGAACCCAGAAAAUCCCGAAUCUGCUCUGGUCUUCUUCCCCUGUCCGCGAGCCGUUUCUGUUGGGUGCGAUUCUUGGGCUUUUUCUGCCGUGAGUUUCCCCUGCAGAUGCUACCGGCUUCUUCUCCCUGCCAGCUCCGGUUUGCUUGCUGGAAUUCUGGUUUUGAUCGUUCUGUCACCGUAGCACUUGGGUUAGCCUUCUGUUCUGUGCGAGUGAGGAAGCGAAACUGAGGACGGGGAAACCAAGGGGAGUGACGAGUUAGAAGGUUAGCCAUUUCGAAGUUGAUAUAGAUUUUAGAAAUAAAUCGUGAUCGUGCGGUAUUAAUUGUGGAAUAUUGUGAUUAGGUUUUGAUCGUUCUGUCACCGUAGCACUUGGGUUAGCCUUCUGUUCUGUGCGAGUAAGGUAAGUAAAUUAUGGUAAAACCCUUUGAUUUUAAAGCAUGUUUUAAACUGUUUUUGAGAUGGUGGCAAGCUUUAAAUUGAUUUUAUCAGCAUAUGAGUGUGAUUAAACUGAAAUGUAAAUUGUGAUGGUUUUUAUGAGAAUUUCAUUGUUUUUCUGAAAUUGAGCAUGAUUGGAAUGAAAAUGGGAAUUUCAUUGUUUUCUAGAAUUGAGCAUGAUUGGAAUGAAAUUGUUUUCAUUGC